ACCAGCGGAUGCGAUUGGGGAGGCCACUAUUGAACCAGUUGAUGUUGGCGAAGAAGCUUCUACUAAGCCCGUGGAUACGGACAGGGUGGUUGUUGCUGAGGCAGCUGGUGAAGACAGGGAGCCCAUUGCUAAGAACGAGAUCAUCAGGGUCUACCAGCUUACUUAUGCCAAAACAACUUCCUUUUCCACUCUUGUCACACGUAAGAAUCUUUUUCGAUUUGGGAUUAGUCCUAACUCGACUGUCAUUUCAGUUGCUGCUCUGAAUCUUCCUCCUCUCAUCAUUGAAGUAGACUCCUUUUCAACUGGUUCAGAUGAGGAUGCUGCCAUAUCUUCAAGGGGAAAAAGGAAGCACCGACAAGGGAAAACAAGGCUCAAAAAGUUGCUCUCUAAGGCUGAGAAUGAGUUGGAUGAGCUAAAGGCCGAGAUCGCUCGCCUGCGGGUCAUGAAUGCGCAGUUGGAGAAAGAAGUCUUUGAGCUAAAGCAAAGAUUUAGCGUGGCCUACACUCUUUUUUCCUCUUUUUGUUUUUGUAAUCGUGCCACACUUCUGAAUAUAAUUUGA